AUGUCACCGGGACUACUGCCUGGAUUCUUCCGGGAGUUCAAGCGCAACUACGAUUUCAGUGCCACCCAACGAAAGCACCAUAUUAUACCACUUGCACAAGUCGAUGAGCGAUUCAUCACUGAUACCGUGGGCAACGGACAACCGUCAGUCGAUACGACUGCUCGCGAUCGCUUGGAGUCGACCGCCAUUGCAAUUCAACCUCCCGGUCGCAGUCCCAACCCUUUCGACCCGUCGGUAUGUUCACCUACAUUGACACAAGCAUCAUCCCUAAACUUUUGUUCUGAUAGGGCGCCUAAUUGCCAAGACUGGCUGCGAAACUACGUCAACAAGCUUGUGGAGGAUGGUUUCAUUGCUGGCAGUGCCAUCUCUGUUGUCCAGAAUGCACCAAACCUAUUGUGA